CUCAAACUCCAAGCACAGCUCAUGCGAAAUUGUAGGAAUAUGAGGGGCUUUGUGCAAAAUGGCACUAUGGCCCUCCUCCUGCUCUUCUUCCUCGUUACAUGCACGAAUUUCGAUGCAUGCGGUGCGAGAAGAGCGAGGCAUUUGGGUAGUAGCCACCACCACCACCAUGGGGUAGGGGGGCCGAAGCCGAGCCCUUCUCCCCCGCCAAGCCCGUUAUUGCCGUCGCCACCGCCGCCGUCGAUGUCAAACCUGACUUCGACUCUGGACCGUCCCGCACUGAGUGGAACGGUUUUCAACGUCGUGGAUUUCGGAGCCAGUGGCGACGGCGUGACCGACGACACGAAGGCAUUUGAGAAUACAUGGAAAGCAGCAUGCAAGGAGGGAGGAGGAUCAACAGUUUUGGUCCCACAAAAUCUUCAGUUUCUAGUCGGGCCGAUAUCAUUCGCGGGCGCUAAUUGCGCGCCCAAUAUGGUGUUUCAGCUGGAUGGUACAAUACUAGCUCCAACAAACCACAAUAUUUGGGGCGCAGACCUCUCAACUUGGCUACAAUUCAAAAACCUGAAGGGGCUCACAAUCCAGGGACAAGGCACCAUCGAAGGCCAGGGAAGUACUUGGUGGAACAGCGCUUCUGAGGCUUACGACAACCCAGGAGAAAAUUCAGAGAUGGUUGAAUUAAUGCCAAGCAAUAGACCGACGGCCCUAAGGAUAUCUGGGAGUAACAAUGUAGCAGUAGCAGGAAUUACAAUUCAAAACAGUCCACAAUUCCAUCUCAAGUUUGAUUCAUGCCAAGUUGUUGAGGUCCAUGGUGUGACCAUUUCUUCUCCAGGAAACAGCCCCAACACCGAUGGGAUUCAUCUCCAAAACUCCCAAGGAGUUUCAAUCCAUAACACCAACCUCGCUUGUGGUGAUGAUUGCAUCUCCAUACAAACAGGAUCCUCUAACGUCUUCAUACAAAAUGUGAAUUGUGGCCCAGGCCAUGGUAUAAGCAUCGGUGGGCUUGGAAAAGGCAAUACGCAAGCUACUGUUUCAGAUGUCACUGUGCAAGAUGUUACCAUCAGUGGCACUACUAAUGGAGUCAGAAUCAAAACCUGGCAGGGAGGCUCAGGCUCCGUGAAGAACAUAAGAUACUCCAAUGUGAGAGUCUCCGAAGUACAAAAGCCUAUAGUCAUCGACCAAUUCUACUGCGACCACACCAUGUGCACAAACCAAACAUCGGCAGUGGCACUAUCAGAUAUCACAUACCAAAACAUCAGAGGGACCUACACAUUACAACCAGUCUACUUAGCAUGCAGCGACGCCAUUCCGUGCUCAAAUAUCUACUUAGAUGAUAUAGAACUUCAACCAUCAAUAGAUAACUCACAUGUUUAUGCUCCUUUCUGCUGGAAAGCUUAUGGAGAUCUACGCGCCCCCACUGAGCCUCCGAUUAGUUGCUUACAGAGUGGAAAGCCAUGACCAGUUAGAUCAAUUUUCACAGAUACGUAAUUAAUAGUGUACAGUACACACAUAGAUGACCAUCAAUAAAAAUUAAAGCAAGGAUAUUACACUGUAAAAAUAGCAGUGCUGCAUAGAUGAAUAUGUACAAGCCAGGGG